AUGGCUAAAGAUAACGAGAAGAAGGAACUUGUGUUCAAAUGUAAGGACUGUGGAAAAGAGUACGAUAGAAUGGGGAAACUCAAAUAUCACAAGAACAGGUGUGCUGCCUUCCAGAAGGCAAACCGGCUGAGAUUCGAAGUCGGCUCUGAUACCAAAUUGUACGAUAGAAUGGGAAAACUCGAAGAUCACAAGAACACGUGUGCUGCCUUCCAGAAGGCAAACCAGCUGAGAUUCGAAGCCAUGACCUUUGUGAUUGAGCAAUGGUAUGGACAUUGGGUGAUAAUUUACAGGAUGGCUAAAGAUAACGAGAAGAAGGAACUUGUGUUCAAAUGUAAGGACUGUGGAAAAGAGUACGAUAGAAUGGGGAAACUCAAAGAUCACAAGAACAGGUGUGCUGCCUUCCAGAAGGCAAACCGGCUGAGAUUCGAAGCUUGCGCUGAUACCAAAUUGUACAAUAGAAUGGGGAUACUCGAAGAUCACAAGAACAUGUGUGCUGCCUUCCAAAAGGCAAACCAGCUGAGAUUCGAAGCCAUGACCUUUGGUCUGGCUCUGAUACCAAAUUGCCCAUGA